AUGCUUAGAUUGUUAACUAGAUCACAAGCUUUCAGAGCUGUGACACUUUGUCAAAGACCAAUUAUUUCGUCGAGAUGCAUUCCUAUACGUAAUUUCCAAAUUUCGCCAAUCUUAGCUAAAAAGAAUAAGGCUAAAGGUGGAAAUAAGAACAAGAGUGAAGUUCAAGAAAUAGAGGAAGAUAAUACGGACAACCAAGUACCAGAAAUAGACUUUGAUGAUGCAACUAAUAAGUUCAAAGGUGUCAUUGAAAGAUUCAGUAAACAAGCAAACGAAGCAAAAUUAGGUAAAACAAGUCCAAAUAUUUUUGAUAAGUUGAUAGUAGAAACUGCAAAUGGUGAAGUUGGAUUCACUUCCGUAGCACAAACUACUGUCAAAGGAAGAAAUUUCAUGAUUACAGUUUUUGACCCAUCCAAUGUUAAAUCAAUUAUUAAUGCGGUGUUAGGGUCAGACUUGAAUAUGAAUCCCCAGAUUGAUCCAUCAAAUAAGCAAACAUUGAAGGUUCCAUUGCCUCCAUUAACAACCGAGAGCAAGAAGGAAAAUGCAAAACAAUUAAAAUUAGUGUAUGAAAGAUUUAAGAAUGGUUCUGGUAGAGCAAACGGAUCUUUAGCCACUAUAAGAGGUGACGUUAAAAAUAAAUUUCAAAAACAGCAUAAAAAGAAGAAGUUAAGUGAUGCAGAAGAAAAAGUAUUCAAAGACUUUGAAAAAUUACAUAAACAGUAUACUGAUAAGUUAACUGAAGUGUUUAAAUCUGCUGAACAAGCAAUUCUUAAAUAA